UGGAGUUAGGCACGAGUGGGGAGGUGUCCCUUCAGCCGCUGCUGUCCUUUUUCUGCUACAUCUCCCUCACUGCCUUCUUCAUCAUUUCCUCCUCUUCGUGAGCAGCAGGACCUGCCGUUCUUGCCUGCCUGGUCUCUUCCAAGGGAUUGAUGCCGUGUCCCCUGCUUGUCUUCGGGGGUGACAGAGAAGGGAUGCAGAGAGGCUCCUUGGGGUGAUUCCUCCAACUCUGUGGAGCUGGUGGUGCCACCUGGUGAGGCUCUCUCCUUGCCCGGGACGUGGAAGAAGUUGGAGCAGGAGAACGAGAGGGAGUAGUGCGGUAAGGGUUGCUUUUCUCUGCACCCUCCGCUCUUGCUCUCGUCGUUCGAGCCCUGGGACCCGGCAGGCAUUCUUAAAGGGAAAUCUGCGGAAAGAGUUCGAAGCGAGGUAGGGCAGGACCCACCUGAUUCGGCAUCAGAGUGAACGAAAAUGUCUUUAUUUAAAGCCCGUGAUUGGUGGUCUACUGUUCUGGGAGAAAAAGAAGAAUUUGAUCAAGGCUGUUUGUGUUUGGCUGAUGUUGAUAAUACUGGAAAUGGAGAAGAUAAAAUAAUUGUGGGUAGCUUUAUGGGAUACCUACGAAUCUUUAGCCCCCAUCCUGUAAAAACAGGAGAUGGAGCUCAAGCUGAAGAUUUGCUUCUAGAAGUUCAUCUACGAGAUCCAAUACUGCAAGUAGAAGUAGGAAAGUUUGUUUCAGGUACUGAAACGCUUCAUCUGGCUGUGCUGCAUUCCAGAAAACUCUGUGUCUACUCUGUCUCAGGAACCUUGGGUAAUGUGGAACACGGGAACCAAUAUCAGAUCAAGUUGAUGUAUGAACAUAAUCUUCAGAGAACAGCCUGCAAUAUGACUUAUGGAUCAUUUGGUGGCGUAAAAGGUCGAGAUUUAAUUUGUAUCCAGUCCAUGGAUGGGAUGCUGAUGGUGUUUGAGCAGGAAAGCUACGCUUUUGGGAGGUUCCUCCCGGGCUCUCUUCUGCCCGGCCCUCUCGCCUACAGUGCGCGGACCGACUCCUUCAUCACAGUCUCCUCCUGCCGACAAGUGGAAAGUUACAAGUACCAAGUACUUGCUUUCGCAACAGAUGCGGAUAAAAGACAGGAGUCCGAACAGCAAAAACUUGGUUCUGGAAAAAGACUCGUCGUGGAUUGGACUCUAAAUAUUGGAGAGCAAGCCCUUGAUAUAUGUAUUAUAUCUUUCAAUCAGUCAGCAUCUUCUGUUUUUGUUCUUGGUGAACGAAACUUUUUUUGCCUGAAGGAUAAUGGGCAGAUUCAAUUCAUGAAGAAACUUGAUUGUAGCCCAAGUUGUUUUCUUCCAUACUGCUCAGUUUCUGAAGGAACAGUAAAUACUUUGAUUGGAAACCACAACAGCAUGUUGCAUAUUUACCAGGACGUGACGCUGAAGUGGGCCUCUCAGCUGCCCUGCGUGCCCGUGGCGGUGCGAGUGGGCUCUCUGCAUGAUUUAAAGGGAGUGAUAGUCACUCUGAGCGAUGAUGGUCACUUGCAGUGUUCAUACCUGGGGACAGACCCUUCUUUGUUCCAAGCCCCGAAAGUUGAAUCCAGAGAACUAAAUUAUGAUGCACUGGAUACGGAGUUGAAAGAACUUCAGAAAAUCAUCAAAGAUGUGAACAAAUCACAAGGUGUUUGGUCCCUGACUGAGAGAGAAGAUGAUUUGAAAAUCUCUGUUGUUGUUUCUCUUAACUUGGAUUCCGUGUCUCAAGCUCCUGAUGUUGCCGCGGGAACGGACCUUGUGCCUUCAGCCACAGUGAAGGUCACACUGCAGAACCGAGUGGUGUUGCAAAAGGCCAAGUUAUCAGUCUAUGUGCAGCGGCCUCUGGUACUGUCACGUGACCAGUUCACUUUUGAAUUUAUGGCACCAGAAAUGACUAGAACAGCAGCCUUUUCCGUUUAUCUGAAAGGAAGUUACGCACCACCCGAAUUGGAGGGCAGUGCUGUUGUUUCUUACUCCAGACCCACAGAUCGAAAUCCUGAAGGCAUUCCUCGAGUUAUCCAGUGUAAAUUUAGACUUCCCCUGAAAUUAAUCUGCCUACCAGGUCAGCCUUCAAAAGUUGCAAGCCACAAACUAACUAUCGAUACCAACAAACCUCCAGUCAGCCUUCUCAGUCUCUUCCCAGGCUUUGCCAGUCAGUCAGAAGAGGAUCAGGUGAAUGUGAUGGGCUUCCACUUCUUAGGAGGCUCCCAGGUCACUCUUCUUGCUUCCAAAACCUCUCAACGAUACCGCAUUCAGAGCGAACAAUUUGAAGAUCUUUGGCUCAUAACAAACGAGCUUAUUAUCCGCCUUCAAGAACAUUUCGAAAAGCAGGGAAUCAAAGAUUUUGCAUGCUCCUUUUCUGGACCCUUGCCCCUUCAAGAGUAUUUCGAGUUGAUCGAUCAGCACUUUGAGCUGCGGGUAAACGGCGAGAAGUUGGAAGAACUCUUAUCUGAAAGAGCAGUGCAGUUUCGGGCCAUCCAGCGCCGGUUGCUAACAAGGUUCAAAGAUCAGACGCCGGCCCCGCUCCAACACCUGGACACCUUGCUGGAUGGAACGCACAAGUGGGUGAUCGCUCUAGCAGACGCCGUGGAGGAGAACCAGGACAGCCUGCUGCAGUCAUGCGCCAGGCUCCGAAGCGCCUCCCAUCUGCUGAUCCUGCUGAUCGGCCUGUGGCAGAAGCUCAGUGCUGACCAGGUGGCCAUCCUGGAGGCGGCGUUUCUGCCUCUGCAGCACGACACUCAGGAGCUGGGCUGGGAAGAGACGGUGGACGCUGCUGUUUCCCAUCUCCUGAAGACCUGCCUGUCCAAGUGUUCCAAGGAGCAGGCUCUGAGCCUCAGCAGCCAGCUGACCAAGCCCAACGACACGAGCCGACUGAAGAAACACAUCACUUUGCUUUGCGACCGGCUGGCCAAAGGUGGCCGUCUCUGCCUGAGUGCCGACGCCGCAGCCCCGCAGACCAUGGUCAUGCCAGGUGGCUGCACUCCGAUCCCAGAGUCAGACCUAGAGGAGAGAUCAGUCGAACAAGACUCCCUCGACCUGUUUACCAGCCACAAGCACCUCGUUGCAGAGACACCCACGCCUGAAGUGUCGCCUCUCCAAGGAGUCUCGGAGUAGUUCACGUAGAGUGGUCCUGUUGAGGGGAAGAUGUCCUUCCCCAGCCUGAUCCUGUGUGGCCCGCAAGCACACAUGUAGGGCUGGCCCAGGUGCGUCAUCUGGCUCACCUGUCCGGAGAUGACACCGUGGGGUUGGGGACCGGGACUUUUUAUUUUGCGAGGACUUAGAAUACCAUGGACAAGUCAGUGGAAACUUGUUGGACCAGGAACAGGUGUUCCUGCCCGUCGGUCACCUGCGUGCCUGCAGCCAGCACGACACAGUGAGGUGACAUCUUUCUGGGACAGACUUUGUAAUGCAGAGACCCAGCUCCAAAAGUCUUUGAUACCUGUCAUUUUCCACAGAAUUCGUAUCUAGUCCAUGUAUCAAGUUGAAUAAAACAUCUCAUUGUCAAACAAUAUCUUGGAUUCGUUUUAUAAUC